UUUUAUUUCUUUGUUAUUUUCCUAUUGUGCCUUAUAGUUUAAACAAUUUGAUGCUUAAUAGGAUCAAGAUUGUUAUGAGCUUUCAGCUGAGUAUGAAAGGAAGCAUAAGACUGAGAAGUUGGAGGAACUUGGGAAUAUGCUAACUGGUUUUGAUGCUGGGGAUUCUAUUGUCAUUGCCAAAUCAUUUUCCCACAUGCUUAAUUUGGCUAACUUGGUAGAAGAAGUUCAAAUUGCCUACCGAAGAAGGAUUAAGCUAUUAAAGAAGGGCGAUUUUGCUGAUGAGAACUCUGCCAUCACUGAAUCUGACAUUGAAGAAACCUUCAAGAGGCUUGUGACUGAACUGAAAAAGUCCCCACAGGAAGUGUUUGAUGCUUUGAAGAAGCAAACUGUAGAUUUGGUCCUAACUGCUCAUCCCACUCAGUCCGUUCGUCGAUCUCUGCUGCAAAAGCAUGGAAGGGCUGGAAGGAUACCAUAGUCAAGCAAGAUUAGUCUCAUGAGAACCAAUCAGAUAUGAGAAGAAGAAGAAGAAGGCUAUUGCUAUUUUUUAAGGCCUUUAGGCAUAUCUAUCUAGAGUGGAAGCAUGUUAUGACAUUUCCUUUUUUUUCUAUCUUUUAGGUGAUUAUUCUUUACGUGAGAACUAGUUCAGGAACACAAUUAUCUAAUAUAUUAUUCUUUAUUAUUAAAGUUUAAGGGGCAGAACAUCUUUUAGUUAAUAAUAUAUGUUACAUAGUGCUAAAACUAUGUGGUUCAAUGAUUGUGAACUAGUAGCAUAUAUGUGUUUUAAAUUAGGAGGAAUCCAAUGAU